AUGAAGAUGACCAUCGAGCCGCCGAAAGGUCUGAAGUCAAACUUGCUGCGUGCAUUCUCCUCCAUUGACCCUGACUGGUUUGCCGAAGCAUGCACCAGGAGCACAGAGUGCAAGCAAACCUUCAGGAAGAUGCUUUUCGGUCUUUGUUUCUUCCACGCCCUCAUUCAGGAGCGCUGUACCUAUGGUCCUCUUGGCUGGAACAUCCCGUAUCAGUUCUCUGAACCUGACCGGCAAAUCUGUAUGAUGCAGCUCAGGAUGUUCUUGGAAGAGAAUGACUCGGUUCCAUAUGCUGCUCUCCGAUACACUGCUGCAGAGGCCAACUACGGUGGCCGCGUCACUGACGUUCAUGAUCGUCGCUGCAUCAACUUCCUGCUCACGGACUUCUACUGCCCAGAGAUUCUCAAAGACGACUACAAGUUCUCUCCUUCUGGCAUCUACUAUGCGCCGGCCUACUCUGUAAGUCUGGAGCCAUACAUCGAGUACAUCCGGAGCCUGCCCAUCAACCAGAUGCCAGAGGCGUUUGGACUGCAUGCCAAUGCUAACCUCGUCGCAGCGAUCAGCGAGGCCAUGCGCCUAUUGGGCACGGCAGCAGCCCUCCAGCCACGGACAGGAGGAGGUGGGGGUGGUGCUUCUCAGGACGACGUGGUGAUGGAGGCUGCAACGAAGUAUCUCGAAGAGGUGCGGCCGCCUUUCGACACGGAGGCUAGCAACGCGAAGUAUCCUGUGGACUACAACGAGUCCAUGAAUACC